AUGACAUCAACAAUCUCUUCCCUAAAAGAAGAACAAAGAACAAUUGAAGUUGCUCUUGAGGAAAAGCAGAGUGAAAUUAAGAUGCUUAGGGAAACACAGCCGGAAAUAAAGUCAGAUGAUUCCCUGGUAACAUUACUUUCUGAAACUUUGAGACAGAAAGAGGCUGAAAUUGAGGAUUUAAAACACCGUCUUGAAUCUUCACCAAUAAAGGUCUGGUCAGUAGGUGCAGAUGACCCAUCAAAUCCAGCAACAAAUGACACCACCAAGGCUGCUGGAAGAAGGAACGAUGGUAGAAGAGGAAGUGAAGAACUGAACGAAUCAAUCAAAAGAGAAGACCAGAAAAGUUCAGUAGAAGAUAUAGACAGCAAGGCCAAAGAAUCUGCCCAAAACAGAAAUAAGGAAGUCGCUGGGGAAGAUGACACGGGAAGAACUGGGGAGAGGUUUGGCAACGUGAAAGAGAAAACUGGAGACGAGCAGUCUCAGCAGCAGGAAACUUCUCAAAAAGACGUUCCAAGGAGCAACACCAAACAAAACACCGACUAUCAUAAGAAUGCGGAAGAAUCUUACCUAGACGAGAAAACAUACACUGGUGGCAAUGCAUCUAAGGAAAAUGAGCAUGAUGGAAAUCAAGUGCAAAAGCAAAGCAAUGAAGUUGGAGAGGAUGAUGAAGGUAUGACUAAGGUAGAAAUGCAAGAGAAUUCAAACAGCAGAGGAACAUCAAGAGUGACCAAGGACCACAAGAGAAAAACGAGAGGGAAGAGACGGCCUAUAAUUGCUAAGCGCCAGGUGGAAGAAAGUGGCAUGCAUACAGAAAGUCGUGGAAUAGCACGCAUGAGAAACAGAAAAUUCUUGAAAGUAAAAAUGGGAACUGAAAGGAUCGUGAGGGUUGGAGGCAGUAAACUGGAAAUAAGGGAUCAUCAGAAAGACAACGACAUGUAUGUGGACACGAGGAAGAAAUCUGACGAUGAAGAGUAUGGGAUAGAAAUGACCAAGAAGAUUCAACAAGGUGCAGAUUCAGCAUUACAAAACAACCACCAGAUAAGGUCAGAACAAGGAGCGCAUUCAGAUACAGGCAGAGACAGAAUGCAUGAUGUUGGCACAAACCACGAUGAUAGUCCACCAGGUAAGACAUGGCCAAACCCUAACAAUUUUGCAGGUGCAGAGGAAAAGAACCAAGAAGUCAUGAAUCAUGACAUGACUCAGAAGACUGAGGAAGGUGAGGAAAGAAAAGUCAGCAACAAAGCAAUUGAGCUGCUCCAGAGUUCUCGAGAAGAAGGGUUUGCAAAUACAGCUCUUUCAAAGGAGAGUAGCAUCUCAGAAGAGGUCAGAAAUCAAAAAUCAGAUGAAAAAGUACAAUCAGAGGAAAUAACCAGCACCAUCAGAGAAGAUACAGAGCCAAGGCAAGCUCAAUAUCUUUCAAAUUCUUCUGAACAUGCGACAAUUGAUGAAAGAGAUAUCAAAGAAGACGACAACCAAGAGGUUGACUAUUAUCAGGAACCACAAGAAGAGGGAGAACAUUCUGGAGGAUCUCAAGAUGCCAGUAAUCAAAAAUCAGAUAACACUGCACGAACCGAAGUAGAAACCAAGACUGUCACCAAAGAUAGAGAACAAAAGCCUGCGGACAAUCUUCAUUAUCCUUCUAAACAUGUUAAAACUGCUGAAAGGGAUGUAAGGGAUGAUUACCUUGAAGUUGAGAAUGAUAAAACCACAGAAGAAGAGACAGGCAAUAUGACCAGAUUGGGAGGGAAGGCAGAAGAUGGGGACCAUAACGACGAGGUCUGA